AAGAACGCUACCAGUCAUGAGUAACGUCCAGAAUCCGACGUAUUUCCUUGCGCCAAACUGGACAUUCCCCCCAAAUGGCAGGAUUGCAAUUGGCAACAUUAUCAGAAAUCCGCUGAAACCCCACCUUCCAAUCUCCAAGGCGGACCAAAACAAGCUCAGUAUCAAUGUCUCAACGGAAAUCAAUUUCCGUCUUUCCCUCGACACAAAGAACAACAAACACCUCAGUAUUUGGGGGGCAUUCCUUGAGAAACUCUCUCUUAAGAACAUAGCCAACCGAGAGCGAGUAAAAAACGGCCAGUUCUCAAUAACUUCUCUCGACACCAAGUACCUCUCGGAGGACCCAACAGCGGAAGAGAUCAAAAGUCGCUGCAACCAGCCGGAGGUGCGAGAAUACAUGAAACUCGAUAGCAUUUUAUGCAGUCCUGUCUACAUGGUCACUGGUGUGAAAAUCGCCAAAGGCUUCAAAUUUGAAGGCCAGGCUGCUGUGAGUGAUGGUUUUGAGAGCAAUAUUCGCACUGAAGUGGCCCCGGAAGUUAGCGCUGGGGCUGGGACAGGUAGUUUGGAACAGAGGAGAGUUGGAACUGGUUUCGAGGCUGAUGGUGAUAUUAUCUUCGCAUACCAGGUGAUGAAGAUUAAGCCCAAAGGUUGGACGAAAGAGAAGAAGUUCGCGACAAUGGAGUACCAGCACUAUCAAGCCUUCCUUGCGGCCGAGGAGAAGAAACACAAGGAAGUUGAGGGUGAGACUGAGCAGAUUAGCUUGGAGGAUCUGCAGGAACUACCAGGGGCCCAAAUAGUGGAGGUUGAUGGGCUAUGCAUUGUGUUUGAAAGUCCGAAACACGUGGCGAUUUAGGCGGAGUGUUGAAUUUAGAGCUUUACCUGAG